AUGGCCUUCGACAUCCUCCCAAUGACCGAGUCCGACCUCUCCGCCUUCCUCUCAAUCCAACACGCCGCCUUCACGACCGGCCUGGCUUCCCUCCUCUUCAGCGGGUCCCCAACCCCCACACACACCGCGUCUCUCCUCUCCAAAUACACAACCGCCUUCCACGACCCCAACACCUACUUCCUCAAAGCUGUCGACACCGCGACUGGCGAGAUCGCCGCCGCAGCCAAGUGGAUCAUCUACCGGCACCCGCGGAGCGAAGAAGACGUCGACCGGGCCUGGCGCGACAAGCGGACAGUCGAGGAGCUUAAAGAGGACGAUCCCGAUAGAGACCGGCGGAAUAUCGAGGCCGAGAGGGCGUUUAUGGUCUACCUUGCUGAUGCGCGACGAGACACGAUGGGCACGCAGCCGCACUACCUGCUCAACAUAUUGAUCACGCACCCCACCCACUACAGGCGGGGAGCGGGGGCAGCGUUGCUGCGGUGGGGCAUCGAGAGGGCGGACCAGGAUGGUCUACCGGUCUAUCUGGAGGCGAGCGAGAUGGGGAAGCCGCUGUAUGCGAGGUGGGGGUUUGAGGAGAUUAAGGAGACGGUGUUUGAUUUGACCAAGUAUGGCGGUGAGGGCGUGGAGAGGAAUACUGUCAUGGUGAGGCCGGCGGGGGCGCAGAAGCCUGCGGAGAACGGAGUGCUGAAUUGA